UCCAAUCCGGUUUGAACAGGCAGCGACUCUCGACGAAUAGAUAUCCUCGGCUGUGUUGGUGGACUGUUGAUACAUCCAAUGGGCCAAUGAGUGGUAGUUAUAGUGUGUCCGUGUGGUGCGGUGGUGGACACACACUUGGAUGGGACCAGGACAGCAGCGCUACAUGGCAGGCGACAGCGGCUGGUACACCCCGGAGCGACUAUCUGGACAAACCGUUAGAUCUCUACGACGCUCCGCUGUUUGGAAUUGACGAAAUAACCAAGCUGAGCAUGAACGCAUCGCAUUUAAGCGUCUCCUUCUCUGAGCAUGGACUGAUCAAAUCAACCCCUCUCUGGAUGAUUUGAUGGGGCUGCUCCGAGUCAUGAUGCCGCCCAAGUUGCAGCUGCUGGCGCUGCUGGCGUUCGCAGUGGCCAUGUUCUUCCUGGAGAACCAGAUCCAGAAGCUAGAGGAGUCCCGGGGGAAGCUCGAGCGAGCCAUCGCCAGACACGAGGUGCGAGAGAUCGAGCAGCGGCACACGCAGGACGGCCUGCGGGAACGGGACUCGUCGUCCUCGUCGCCGUCCGAGAACGAGGACGACCUCGUCAUCAUCUACAACCGCGUGCCCAAGACGGCCAGCACCUCCUUCACCAACAUCGCCUACGACCUGUGCGGGAAGAACCACUACCACGUCCUGCACAUCAACACCACCAAGAACAACCCGGUCAUGUCCAUACAGGACCAGGUGCGGUUUGUAAAGAAUGUGACUGAGUGGAGGGAAAUGAAGCCGGCUUUCUACCACGGACACGUCUCCUUCCUGGACUUCACCAAGUUUGGGGUGAAGAGGAAGCCCAUCUACAUAAACGUGAUCCGGGACCCCAUUGAAAGGCUGGUGUCAUAUUACUACUUUCUGCGUUUCGGAGAUGACUACCGGCCCGGCUUGAGACGCAGGAAACAAGGAGACAAGAAGACGUUUGAUGAAUGUGUAUCAGCCGGCGGCUCAGACUGUGCCCCUGAGAAGCUCUGGCUCCAGAUCCCCUUUUUCUGUGGUCACUACUCUGAAUGCUGGAACGUGGGCAGCCAGUGGGCUCUGGAGCAAGCCAAAUACAACCUGGUGAAUGAGUACAUGCUGGUCGGAGUGACAGAGGAGCUGGAGGACUUUGUCAUGAUGCUUGAGGCCGCGCUGCCGCGUUUCUUCAAAGGAGCCACCGAGCUGUACAAAACAGGAAAGAAAUCCCACCUGAGGAAGACCAGCGAGAAGAAGCCGCCCACGAAGGAGUCCAUCGCCAAGCUGCAGCAGUCGGCCAUCUGGAAGAUGGAGAAUGAGUUCUACGAGUUUGCACUGGAGCAGUUCCAGUUUGUCAGGGCGCACGCUGUCAGAGAAAAGGACGGCGAGCUCUACCUGCUGGCACAAAACUUCUUCUAUGAGAAGAUCUACCCCAAAAACUAAAGAGGCACAUGUCCGUAGAAGAGAGGACACUGGGUACAGGCUCAGGUGGAUAAAGAGACUAAUAGACUACAGGUGACUGGUUUGUACUUGUGAUUGAGAACAUAACGUGGAGCUGCAGAGCAACCCGCCUCUGUUAUACACGUCUGUGCCAGCCAACUGGACAGGGAGCUCGUGUUUCGACAGCAGGUUGUGUUCCCAGCAGCCCCGGGGGCCUCCACUCCACUUCACUUUCAUGUCAAAGGUCGUCUGCGUAGAGGACCUCUGCCGGCACUUGUCCGGAGACGGCCCGUCGGACCUCGGCUCCUGAUUGGCUUCGCUGUUCUCCGAUCCAGAAAAAAAACAUUUUCAUCGGCUCUGUGCUGUUUGGUUGUGUUUGGUUGUAUUUUAACUCUUUACUAUGGUUGUCUUUUGUAUGUAAAGACGGUGACAUGUUCCAUGGUGACACGACAUCUCCACGUCUCACCACCCACUACUACUAACUUAAAGAGAUUUUAAGUGUAAAGAAACUGACUACUGUGCUGUAUUAUUGGACUUGAAUGAGAUCUUUUGAGGUUUUUAUGAAAUAAAAAUCCUGUGACCAUGGACUAUUUACUGGGACAAGUGUUUUAUACUUGAUGUGUUUGUGUUGGAUGUAAAUGCGCAGCUUUGCCCCGAGGCUUUUCCUCCGUAAUGAAGGUACACAUGAUAUCACUGAAGUGUGUGAAGAUGCUGCUGCUGUAAAUAUUUACUACUUUUUCAGUCCUACUCAACCAUAAACAGAUUUGCUACCGCAUAAAAUGAACACAUUUGUACUGUUAACACCCUUUUAAAGUUACAGUCUGUGCAUUUUAUCAGUUUGUUCAUUGCUUUCAACUCUUUCAUUUCACUUUUUAGUCUGCCUUUUAUUUUCUGUCAUUUUAUUUUCAUCGUAGAACCAGUUAAACACGGGCGUCCACAAGUAUGUUAGCCUGGAAUAUGAUGACACUUUGGGAAAUGCAUUUGCUUUGUUGUUGAGUUAAAUCAUGAGUUCGAUACUCUAAUAUCAGUCCCUUACAUAUAAGGCUGCAGCAGGUUAUCUUAGCUUAGCAUAAAGACUGUAAACAGGGGUUUAUAAUGGCCUUUUAUUGGCUGAUUAAAGUGUCUUAUUUACUCUUCACAAAUUGCUAACUAAAAGUCAGAAAAGAUGAGCUGCACAGAUGUUUUCUACUGGAUGUACUGCUACAUCACAACUCCUGAAGUAUUUAAACAUACAUAUGACUAGGUACUCAUUUUUAUCUGUUCCUUCUCUACACCCAGCUCUCCUUGUUUUGCAGCUUUUGCCAGAUGGAACAUAAAAACAUCAUCUUUUGAUUACC